AUGGCAGUCAGAACCUCAUUGGCUGCACUGAGUGCUGCCGAGCGGCAAUUGAUUAGGUCUAAGCGUCUUCAAAGUGGUCAAUGUCUGACCGCAUGUGCAGAACCAACCCGCCGUCCUUCGCGCAAAGAGCGCGCUGCAAUGAUUUCCAGCGAAGUAUCGAUGCUUCAGAGAGGACCACCUCCAGGAGAGUCAACACAUGGUCCAGGCAGCGUAACAGGCACAUAUCAGCGAGAUCCAGAACCACCGACGACGAGCGCUGGAUUCGCCAAGACUCCAGAAAGUAUGGGCGGAGAGCGCAUGGGGGACAAUGUUUCUGCUGGCCGAGAAGGGCCAAAUGCGCAGGGCGUGGGACGUGUGACUGGAGCGGAUGAGAAUGUCAGGAAUGAGCAUCCAAGUUCUCGAAGCAUGAGAAAUCCAUCUGAAGUGCAAGAGCCGGCUGAGGGCGGCGUCAGUGUGCUGGAAUCCAGUACACCAGGACACUUGAGCACGGCAGCACGUAUCGCAUCAUUAGAGAGCAAGGAGGACUCUGCGAUAUCAGGCUCUCUCAAUGCCCGGGAAGAGACAUCCUUACGCGACCGGCUAGCCAAAGCCAAGGCGUCAGGCCUAGCCUAUCGACCGCGAGCACCAUCGCGAGAACAUCUUCUCCACACAGGGAGCAGUGCUGCAACGCCAGCAAGCAAGGACUUCGAGGCUGUUGUGCUAGAUCGUUUCAAGACUGGUCGCAGUCCUGUGAAGGCACUUACUGUCCAGACAGGCGAGAAGGCGCGGACGCUGCCGAACCAAGAUAUACUUCUGCGAAAGCUGGUUGCUGGUAAAUAUCCUACUUCGUGGCUGUCUACCGAAAACGGUCGCUACAAGCAAAAGACACUGAACCAAGUCAUAAAGAACCUGGCAAUGAAUGGCACCUACCUGGGAAAAGAUGCCAAUAAGUUGAUCGAGAAAGUGCGGCAUUUGCUCCCAGCUACUUUGCAGGCUUUGCGUCCAGUGCAAGGCGCAGCUCAGGCCAAGGCUCAGGCCAAAGCAUAG